GUCUCGAGUCUCGAAACACACAUGGCCGCUGCGAUCACCAUGCACUUGCUUUUGUGAGAGAAUAAUUUUCCAGGAUUUUCACAUUUUCAGUGGAGCCCUCGGUAAAGUGCGACUGAAAGCAUAUUUUUUGAUCGAGUUGUGAGCAAGCAAGACCCAGAAAAAUGUCCUCGCUGCUUCGUUCGUGCAAAUUUGUGCGGUUCCUUGCCGGCAUCACGAGGAACAUUUCUUUCGGCAACGGAGGGAGGCCGGACACCUUGGACGUAGGGGUGAACCACAACCCUAAUUUGUACAGAGGGCUUGCAAUAAGGGCUCUCGCGACUCAGCAGAACAUAAGUCUCAGGCAAGACAGCAACCUCGACAAAAGCUUAAAAAGAAUCGACCAGGAAGCAAGAAGAGCCGGAAGAGUUUCUAAGAGAGAAAUCGAUGAAAUAUUGGAAGAAAUCAAACAAACAAGAUCAGCCACCAGUUCUCAGUCAUUGAUGGUUAUAAGGUGCUGCGGUAAUUUGGUUCCUGAGGAGCAUCCUGAAGUCAGAACUAAACUGGUUCAGGAAAUCUGGAACACACUAGAGUCCUUGGGAGUCCCAAUGGAUAUCAGCCACUAUAACGCCCUACUUCGCGUGUACUUGGAAAAUGGACACAAAUUUGAGCCCUCAGAAUUCUUGUCGCAGCUCGAAAAGAAAGGUGUUGAGCCGAACAGGGUUACUUACCAGCGCUUGGUUGCUCAGCACUGUCAGAAAGGCGACAUGGAUGGGGCGACAAAAAUUUUGCAGGUCAUGAGGGAAAAGCAAAUGCCCAUCAAUGAAGCCGUCUUCAAUGCACUCAUUACUGGACAUUCACAAAAUAGUGAUAUGGAGAGUGCUCGAGGAAUUCUUUCAGUAAUGAAACAAGCCGGCCUUGAACCUGGACCUGAAACCUACACAGCACUGCUUUGUGGUCAUGCUAAGCAAGGAGAUAUCGAAGCCAUCAGAGCUGUUUUGACAGAGGCUGAAUCCCAAAAUAUAGAAUUUCUGGACCGGGACUUUUUCGAUGUCAUAUUUUCUCUGUCGGAAGCUGGUCAUGUCCAGCAUGUCGAUGAGAUUAUGGGUCUCUUGAAGAAAAGACCUGGUUUUGGUCAAGAAUGCGUAAACAUCAUCUUGAGGCUCGUGAAUAUUGGACAAGAAGAUGUGGGCAAGAAACUUCUCAGCAUGAUGCCAGCCAGCAUCAGGCAGGGUCAAGAUGGACCGGAGGCUAUCCCAGUGGGAAGCUUUUUUGUGAAGCAGCUUGUUAAAGCUAACCGACCUGUUGAAAAAGUCAUCUCCAUUUGUGAAGAGUUGCAAAACUCUGGUGCCAAUACAAAAGCGUGCCUCCUUGCCUUGGAAAUGGCAUUGGUUGCUGGCAAAGAACAAGUUGCAUAUGCCUUGAUGCAUAAGAUGAAAGAGCAAGGGACGCCUCUUCGCCAACACUUCUUUUGGCCGCUUCUGGUUAACCAGCAGAAGAAAAAGAGUGUUGAGGGGCUCUGUCAGGUUUUGGUAGAGAUGCAGAAGCUGGGAGUGCCUAUAAAGGGCGAAACAAUCCGAGAAUAUGUCAUAGACGCAUUGCGCGGAAGUCCUUUGGACAAGAUAAACCUGCUGAGGUCAUGCGGUGUCUCCAUAGGAUCUGCUGCAGUUUCCGUCGUUGUGAGCCUCUUGGAAAAUGAAAAUUUAGCCGGUGCCACUGAAAUAGUUUCAAAGGUUAGUGCCAACUACCCCCAUGAGCUAAUUAAGCGUCCUCUUGGUAAAGCUUUUGGACAGAAGAAAAAUACAGACCAACUGGUCACUUUUAUUCAACAUGCCGUCGUAUCUAGAAAUUCUACCGACGAAGGUGAAACUGAAAAAUCAUCAGCGAAAAGUGAAGUAGUAGUCGGCGAUUAUGUCAUUGAGUGCUUGAUAAACAUCAGUGAGUCCAGGGGAGAGGUUUUGCACAGCAUUUUGAAGGGUCUUGUUGAUUGCGGACUGAGCAUCAGUGUAGCCUCUGCCGAGAAACUGCAGGAUAUGCUGGGCUCUGAACUUACUCCUGAAAUUUCGGAAUUGCUCGGAACACUCACUUCUGGUAACUUGGAGCCCCAAGCAGUUCAAGGAUCAAACUUGGAGUUAUCUGCAAAUAUGAGCAUAGCAGGAUUAGAGACUCUCUAUACAAGUUUGCAAGCAAGGGGCCAACCCACCAGAUUGAUUAGAAAAAAUCUGCUUAUUAGAUAUUGCAGAACUAAAAACUUGGAAAAGGCCGAAGAAAUUAAAAAGAGCUUGGAUGAUGAAAACUUUGUGCACUCGGUCGGAACCCUUGCAUUGCUGAUGGAUUUGUAUGCUAGCCAUAACAAACUAGAGGAAGCUUUGGAGGUGAAGAAAAUCAUUCAAGAGAGAGACCCAGAUAUGACCCUUGAUAAUGGAAAGCUGGUGAGACUGGCUUUAGUACAAAUGAAGGCGGGCAAAUUCGAAGAUGGACUCAACACAUUAAAGUCAACUUGCGAGCAUACUACAGAGGACAAAAGCAGAGAGAUGUUCUAUGUCUCAAAUGCUUCCUUUGAACUGCUUAACUACUUGGCAGAACAAAAAGAAGAGGAAAAACUCAAAUCUGCAAUGGACAUCUUGAUAGCCAGUAAAGCAGUGCCCAUAAACAAUGUUCUAUUGGGAUGCUUGGUGAAAGUCAAACUUCUCAAAGACGACCUACCUGGUGCCAUGGAACAGUUCAAGUGGUGCUGUGAGCAACACAGAGCCACACCUUGGAAGUCGGAAUUGACCCGUAGGCUGAUUUCAAGCGAAGAUGCUGCUAGUCUGCAGAAAUUAACUGACCUUAGCACUCAGGUGCAUGGGGAGGUCAAUUCCUUGUAUGACUUGGUGUUUGCCUUUGUAGAGUGCGGCCGCAUAAGGCAGGCAAGAAGAAUCUUGGAGACUCCAGGUUUGAGAGCUCGAACUUUCCGCAUGAAUUCUGCUUGUGAGCGGUUCUGUGAAGAUGGAAAGUCUUCACCUCUCGAAGGUCUCUUGGAGGCUACUAAAGACCUUCACCAUGUUGACCGAUCCAACAUUUUCUUGAAUUUGCUGAAGCUCUAUUGCAAAAAUGACGAGACAGAUAAAGCUUUGGAUCUGUGGACUCAAGCUCAAGAGGAGGAUUUCACCCCUUCAGAAGAGUUUUUGAGUGUUCUUGGCAGCCAACUAAAAAAGCACAACAUGGAAAUUCCAUUUUCAAUGCCUGAGGUGGUCAAGCCUAUUCAAGCUGAAUCCAAACCAAUUGCACCUAGACAGUCUGCUAUGCCUAGGAAAGAUGCGCCAGUUCAGCAAAGGGAAAGAGUUGCUACCUCAGACAUGGAAACCAUGGAGCUUAGGCAAGCUCUGAGAAGAAGUGAUGUUGAUAAAGCGCUGGAAUUAAAAAAUCGUAUUCAAGAAAAGGGCAAACUUUUAGUAUUGCGGGAUUAUUCUUUGCUGAUCGAGAAUUUGGUCAACAAAGACAGAGUUGGAGAAGCUUACAAAAUUACCAAGGAAAUGCUCCAUAACAAAAUGUUCCCAAUGACUCGGGUGUUCAGAUACCUCCUCAACAAAGUAGCUGCUGUUGGAGACAUUGAUGGAAUUGUUGAGCUUGGAGAUUUCUUAGACGAUGAACAAAAGAGGCAGGUUUCCUACGACAAUAGACUUGGUAAUGCGUACUUGUUUGCUGGAAAGGCUAACGAGUACCUCGACAUGAUGUCUGCCAACUUGAAUAAUGCCAAGUCCGAUGAUGAUGUUACGAAAUUGGCUGAAAAAUUCCCCAGAGGCUCAGCGCUUGGCAUACUGACAAGGCACCCUGAGCUGACUGAUAAAUUGAGUGGCAUUGCAGAAUCCUUUGCCGAGAAAGGACACCCAGCAGCAUUCAAUGUCCUCUGGAUGCACUACUUUGCCUCUGGGAGGUAUGAUGAAGCCGGCCAAAUCUGGGACAAGUACCUUUCAAAAACAAAGAGGCUCAUGUUCCAACACAUCUGCCAGCAAUCUAGAAGAAAUAAUGACCCCAUCCUGUGCUCCAACCUGCUCGGACUAUUGUUACCCUCCGAGUAUGUGUCUGCAGGUGCCAAGGGUAAUGUUUUGAGCUGUCUAAUCGACGUUCUAGUAAACACCGAAAAGUAUGAAGAUGCGGUGGCUUCUAUUACAGCUUCGCAGAAAGACAUUGGGCUUGAGUACAUCAACAGCACUGCUUUGCUGAGGUUGAAGACUGCCUUAGAAGCACAGGGCAAGGUCUUCCCUUUCACCAUUCCACCAAAGAGAGACGAUGACCGGCCGGUUGCAACACUGGCUUCAUAGUGAUGGGAGCGCGAAAGAUGUUAAUACAAGUAAGAAUUAUGUCAGCGCUUUCACUUGAUCGUCUCCCAAAUAACAGCAUUCACAGCUCAAGAGCGCGGCGCGUCAGAUUGUGGGAAGAUGAGAAAAGUUUUGCUGCUGGUUGUUGUUACUUGAAUCUUUUGAGCGCACCUGUCCGACGAUCGUCUGCUUUUCCGACGAGCCUGUCAGUUGAGGCAAAAGAGUGCUGCUUUGAUUUGAAGUCUGUGGGAUGAAAAUUUACAGCAUAGUUAUUAAAAUAGUUAUU